UAUUGGCGGUAAAUCGUAAAUCAUAUAAAAGUAAAUUAUUAUUUAAUAAUUUAUCUCUUUGUUAACCAGCUUGAUAUGCAAAACUAAGUAUUUAAAAGAAAGUGUCUGAAUUAUAACUGUUUUUAUUUAACAUGAGCAGCACAGAAUUUAACGAAGAUCAUUUACCUGACUUGUUACCGCUUUACUAUAGAAGAUUGUUUCCUCAUUUACCCUUUUACAGAUGGUUAAGUUAUGGCAAUGCUGCUGUUUUUGCAAGAAGAGAAAUCUCAUUUACACUUUUUGGAGACAUAUACAUCCGUUUUCAAUCGUUUGAUACUCACGAGGAUUUCGUGAAUGAAUUACAGAAGAGAUAUCCUGUAAAAAUGGAUAUCGGUGCAGUUUACUACACCAAACCCAAAGAUCGUGGCCCGCUAGGAGUAUUACAACCUAUAGAGAAAGAGGUAGUUUUUGAUAUCGAUAUGACCGAUUAUGAUGAUAUAAGAACAUGUUGUUCAGGAACUGACGUUUGUACGAAAUGUUGGAAAUUCAUGGCAAUAGCUUGUAAAAUUUUGGAUACUGCUCUGAGGGAAGAUUUUGGAUACAAACAUAUAUUAUGGGUUUUUUCUGGAAGAAGAGGCAUACAUUGUUGGGUAGCUGAUGAAGAAGCAAGAAAACUUGAUGAUAAUGUACGAUCGGCUAUAGCCGAGUACUUGCAAGUUAUUCGAGGGGGGACAAAUAAAAUGAAAAAGGUGGAACUACCGGGGGAUAGGAUACAUGCUUCAUUGGUUAGAGCAUUAACAAUUAUUGAUAAAUAUUUCAUAGAGGGUAUAGUUAAAGAGCAAGACAUACUAGGUACAGAUGAAAGAUUGAACAAAUUUUUAAGCAUUAUCGAAGAAGACCUUAGAACCUUUUUUAAAAUGCCUAUGAAAAAUGUCAAAACCUCCGUUGAAAGGUGGCAAGUGUUUGAGGAAACUUUUAUCAAUCUACUUCAUAAGAAUCAAAUACCACGGAAUUUAAAAAACCUCAGAGAAGAGAUUAAGCUUCAGUACUCGUACCCCAGGCUUGAUAUAAACGUAACAAAAGGUUUCAACCACUUACUAAAAGCACCCUUUUGUGUUCACCCAAAGAGCGGGAAAGUAUCUGUCCCGUUCAAUCCCAGAAUGGUGGACAACUUUAAUCCGCACACCGUACCGACGAUAAACUUGUUAGUUGAUGAAAUUAAUAAUUACGAUGAGAAAACUAAAGAGCAAGAGAAAUCGCUUAUGGAGACCGAUGAAACGUUUACCCAAAAAGUGAAAAUAAAAGAUUACAAGAAGACUAGUUUGUUGAAAGCUGUUAGCUUAUUUGAGGAAUUUUUGAGGCCUUUGGAGAAAGCCGAGAGGCUCAAGAGGAUUAAAGAAAAGGAUGCUUCUAUGACAUUUUGAGAACUUUACAUUUUUUUUAAUGUUAUUAAAAAUAAAAUUUGCAUUAUCGUUUCUAAUUUUUUUUAUAAAGC